AUGCACGUAGGCUGGUAUGCACAUUCAAGUGGUCCAAACGUUCCUGCCGCGUUGCGUUAUCUAGCUGUGUAUCCAGCUCUACCGCUUCACCAAUCAAUCAGCUGUAGCACCCUUUCGGUGCCUAGCUGCCAUGCCACACGAAAGAGGGACGAGGGAUGGGACACUGCCUGGUUGCCCAAGCCUAUACAGGGGAAGUCGAGAGGCAGAGCGGGUUGGGUUCGAACCACGGACCUUCUGUGGAAUUCCAAACUCACUGACGCGACAUUGUUCCCAGCAACUCACGGUAGAGAAUAUCGUCUAAACCAAGCUUCGGAUUUGUACUAUGUCAAGCUGGAACACUGUACACUUUCCGGCUUAGUGACAUGGAAACUCGUUAACAAAUCGACAGAGCGCGAAUUUACUGACCGGAAGGUUCGUGGUUUGAAUCCGACCUCUGCCUCUCGACUUCCCCUGCCUAGGCUUGGGCAACCUGACAGUAUCCCAGCCCUCAUGCUUCCUUUAGGCAGCAUGUCAGCUAGGUACCGAAUGGGUGUUACACCUGAAGGAUUUUCACUUUCUUAUCCGCCGAUUGGGUCACUUUGGUAG